AUGCGCUCUCCCGCUGGAUUAGCUGGCCCGCUGAUGGCCAUGCUUCUUGUGAUUUUGUCUUUUCUAUCGACCCCCGUGCCGGCCCCCCUUACGACCUUAAAGCUUCCGCCCGCUGUCAAACGGGAUUCUCUCGAUACAGGCGGAUUAACUCCCGCCAAGGUCGUGCAGCUAUUCGACAGUGGCGUGGUACUCGACGUCGCAGAAGGACAGACACAGGUGCUGGUCGUGAACGGCACGGGGGCGCAGUACAUCGGGUCUCGUCAACUGGACGGCUGCACCAUCGUGGUCAUUGCGGGCGGCAAGGCGGGCAUUGUCGGGCACUACGAACCGCAAACACAAGGAUCGGGAGAUGUGAAGGCUCCAGGACUACUCGAUGCGAUCAAUGCUCACAAAGAUGACUUGCAGGGUGGGACGGGGUUUGUUGUUGCGGGCACUCACAAUGGGACAGUCGACUACAAAUGGCAGCAGGACCAGCUGGCCGCUCUGAUCAAAAACCAGUUGGGUAUUGACGUCAAAGAGCCGACCUACAGGAUGGCUGCAGAUUGGGAGGGCAAAAAUGCGGUAGAUGGGCCGGCGUCGGUGUUGCUCGAGUAUCCUGCCGGCGGUGGUUCGCCGAUGUUCUAUGUGGAGGGUGGCAACAAUCACGUGCAGUAA